GGUUAGCCUAACCUGAAGAUGCUAAACAGAGAAAUAGAGGAGAAAUGUGUGGCUGCUUAAUUCACUCUGUCCCAUAACAUUAUGUAAGUUACGAUUUCGACCAAGAUGUUCUUUGGUUGGCUACAGCCUUACUAAUUAGUGAAAUCACCUUCUACAAAUAGGCUAUGGAUCAUAAUGAAAAGUUCAAGACUCCACCAAAAGGUGAAGAGAUUGGAUUUUUUUUUACAGUAUCAAUGUCCUGUCAAUUCUUUUCAGUAGGUCAUUGAUCCCUGCCUGUUCAUUAACUGCCCAGUGGGAGGCAAAGGUUAUAAAAUGUAAAUGAAACAUAACUAAUAAACCAUCAAAUUAUAGAAUAAAUAGCACAGCCAGUAAACCAACAUUAUCAUAAUGGGUCAAUUCUGUGUCCUAUAGUUUUAGAGAAUAUAGAGAUCGUUCACGUCUGUUCAAACACAGCGUGUUAUCAGGCCUCAGCUCACCGGAGACCAAAGCACCUGUGAGGAGACAAUCCAAAGAAGUUUCUACUACCCUUACUACACUAGUAACAAGAAAGGCAAUGUGGGGCUAGAGAUGGGGUCAACUGGACUCCAAAUGGACAGAAUAAAAAAUAAAGAUGAAUAGAGUCUGCACACUGACUGCUCGGAAGUUGUACUAUACAUUUAUCAUGAAGAAAGAAGCUUUUUAUUCCUCAUUUUUCUCUGUCCAUUUAUUGUUCAGUUCUUUGGAGCAUGAAACCAGUAACAAAUGCUUGCUGGACAGUUCCAGCAAAUGAUAAAAGAGGAUGAAUCCUUAAAGAAAUAUAAGUGUGACUAAGGAUUUCACCACCAGAGCAGACUUAAAUGAUAAAAUCAUAAGUGUUCAAGCAUUAUAAUAAAAUCAAUUAAAUGAUCUGGGACAAAUUUGAAAAACAACACGGGGCAAACUGCUGUAAUUUGCUGUUAAAUGACUGAUUAAAUGACCAAAUUAGUUUGUUGAACACUCACUGCAUAACGAACCUUUAAUAACAUGCAAAAACGGUCAUUAAAGUACCCACUCAACUACAUAACACUCUUCUCUUAACAUUUGGCAUUAGUUGUACACUGAAACAGCCACUAGAUGGCGUCAUAUGCUGAGAGCUGUUGUGCUCAUUAAAAACCAUCAUGGAAAUACUCAUGUUUUAUAAUGAACAUAUUUUAAUUUUCUUUAAUUGUGGUGCAUUAUUUGCAUUUUUCAGUUUUAAUGUUUAUAUAUUUUGAGGAUGAAUGUAAGGCUUUUAUUAUUACUGAGUGAAGAUUAUGGAUUUUACUUAACCCUUACAACUUCUCUGACUCUAGACCCUAAAACAGAGGCAGUGUCUGUAAUUCCUCAUGAAAAGAGCAAUUGAACCACUUUUUUUUUCUUUUAAAAUUGCUUGAAGGAUUUUUAGAGCCCUGAAGAGGUCAAAGUAUUCCACUAAAGAAAAAGCGAAAAAAUUAGAAAAAAGACAAGAUAAUUUGUAUAAUAGUUAAUAAUAGAAUAUUUUUUCUUCUGGUCCUUCAAAUGAUUCUUAAUAUGUGUUUAAGUAAUGAGUGAAACAUACAUGAGACGUGGUCUUUGACUCCAUAACUGCAGCCAAGCCAGCACUGCCUCUUUUUUUUUUUUUUAAAGAUACAUGGUACAUUAUUGUGGACAACAUUCAAGUUUAUAUAGCAUAAAUAGAUAUCAUAAAUAAUAAUAGAAUUAAUGAUAGAAAAUUAUAAUAAAUUAAUGUAGGCUCAUAAUUAGCAAUAAUAGUAAUAAAGACAUCAAUUAAACUGUAGAGAUGGGUAUUAGGAGAAGAAUACUUGCUCUGUGUAUGUGAAGUUUAUCCACUAACAGUUUGAGAUUAACAAAGAAAACAAAACAUCGAUUUUAAACUGUAAAUGAGAUCUUGAGAGUCAGUAAAGGGUUAAAAGUGCCAGCCUCUGAGACGCCGCCUCUUUUGGGUGAGUCAGCAUAACAGGAAGCAGGAAGUGCACACACAAACAAGUACGUAUCUCUGUCUUCUGGGGUGUCAGAGUAAAACAGUGCAGGUGUCAAAAUGGCUGGCAGGCUCUCGCUCCCAGAGGUGGAUCUCUCCUGUCCCAUAUGCUGCGACAUCUUCAGGGACCCUGUGGUCCUUAAGUGCAGCCACAGCUUCUGUGCACCCUGUCUACAGGAAUACUGGACUGCAAGGAGACAGAACCGUGACUGCCCUCUGUGCAGAACGCAGUCUGUGGAUGAUCCUGUUCCCAGUCUCACUCUUAGGAACCUGUGUGAGUCUUACAUCCAGGACAAUGAGGGUGUGGAGGAAACGGCGGGAGAGCUGUACUGUGAUCCGGGGGAGAUCUGCCCUCUUCACGGAGAGAAGUUAAAGCUCUUUUGCCUGGCGGACAGAGAGGCUAUCUGUGUGGUUUGCCACACCUCGAGAAAGCACAAACAGCAUGAUUGUUGCCCUGUUAGUGAGGCUAUUGUGGAUGUGAAGGAGAAAAUGAAAACUGCCCUCAGCUCUCUGCAGGAGAAGAAGGAUGCUUUUGACAAAAUGAAGAAAAACUGUGAGGAUACUGUGGCGCACAUUGAGGUCCAGGCUCGAUUUGUGGAGAGGAGGACCCGAGAGGAGUUUGAAAAGCUGCGCUGCUUCCUUCAUGCCGAGGAGGAGGCCAGGAUGGAGGAGCUGAAGAGGGAGGAAUUGCUGAAGAGUCGAGCGAUGAGGCAGAAGAUUGAAGAAAUGACCAGAAAUAUAGCGUCUGUGUCUGAAUCCAUAAGAGCUUUAGAGGAGGAGAUCGCCUUGGAAGGCGUCUCUUUGCUUCAUAAAUGCAAGAGCACGCUGGCAAGGGCUAACUGCUCAGUUGAAAAUCCAGCUAUGGCUCCAGGAGCGCUCAUAGAUGUGGCUAAAUAUCUGGGCUCUCUGUCGUUCAACGUAUGGAGGAAGAUGCAUGAAAUUGUCAAAUACACCCCAGUGACUCUGGAUCCCAACACCGCUGCCCCAUGGCUCGUCCUGUCAGACGACCUCACCGUCGUCUGUGACAGUGAUGAGAAGCAGAAGCUGCCCGACAACCCGGAGAGGUUUGACCCUGACACCGGUGUUCUGGGCCGCCAGGGUUUUACCUCAGGCAAGCAUGCCUGGGAUGUGAAUGUGGGAGAGAAUACAGCGUGGGUUGUCGGCGUGGCUAAAGAAUCUGUCGAGAGGAAAGAGAAGGUGUCUUCGGUGCUGAAGAACGGCUACCUGUCUGUGUACUUUUACCACAAAAUGUACUUUGCAGGGACUUCACCUUUAACAAGGCUCAACUUGAAGAGGAGCCCGCAGAGGAUCAGAGUGCAGCUGGACUGUGACAAGGGCAGGGUGUCUUUCUACGACCCCCAUGACAACACACACAUCUAUACGUUCAAGCAUGCUAUCACUGAGAAAGUCUUUCCUUAUUUCUGGGUGGGUUGUCAGCAGGUUCCUUUGAAGGUUGAACCACUGGAGGUUUCUGUGAAAGCUGUUGAUCAUAGCUGAGAGCAUAUUUAUACUUCACAACUAGUUUUCUUUAACGCAAAACUACCAGGGACUCUUUUGCAUUUCACAUAUUUUGAGGAGAACACUCCGAAUAUAAAAUCAAAUUGCAUCAUUUCUGCAUUUUCUUUCUGGGUCCAGUACAAUAUCCUGCAACUUUUUGCAAUUUUCAGUUAAAAAAAAUACUUAAUUUGCACUUAAACUUGAUUUCUGCACUUUGAUACUUUAAAAAGAUUUACUUGAAAGGUCUUGUCUGAGCUGUUGAUAUGAAGCAGAAUGUGACAGCAUAGAGAUUAAUCAUAUUUUAUGACAUAGCCUGGGGAAAAAAAACAGCUGUUAUGUGACUAAAGUUUGAAAAAUGAUUGUGCAUUUGCAUGUAAAGUUCUAAUUGUUCAUCCUUUUAUGGAGUCCAAUUCUGUUAAUAACAACUUACGUGUGGCAAACAGCACUAAAUAUGCUUUAUGUGCAAAUGCUAAUGCCGUCACUGAAAUUUGAGCAUCAUUGUAAAAAUAAAUCAUUUGCAAAUAUGA